AUGAUAAGAUCCAACCGCCUCCUGGGCCCUGUGGUCAAGAGAGGUCUGUGUCUAUAUCGCCGGCAAGUCCAUGAUUUACCGGGCCCGGCUCUAUUCACAAGAAGUAUCCACACCAAUGUAGACGGUCCAUCCAGCCCACCGUCGUCCUCGCAGCCUACGGAGUCGCUCACGAAACAUUCCACCGUGACGGCGCACGACUCGAGAAGUCAUAGAACCGGAAACGUCCAUGAUGUCGCUCCCCUUCCCUCCGCCAUUGCACCUUCAAAGUCUAUACGAACCGAACCGCAAAAGUCAAUCCCAGGGCCCACGUGGGUCUGGCUUGAACCGCUAUACACACCCUUUCGAGCGUAUGGGCGCGCACAUCAGCGCAGGCCAUACAUGACGCAGUUCGUCAGCACGCUAGUCAUCUAUCUUGUCGGCGAUUUCGCAGCCCAGAGCGUUGGUAAAGAGGAUAUCGAAGGUCAAGACGUCAAUAUAUGCGCCGAAGAGGGAUGUGAGGAAAGAGGGAUUAUACGUUCUUGGGCUGACAACAGAGACUGGCAGAGAACCGGGCGGGCGCUUUUGAUCGGUGGACUGGCAGCUGUGCCGGGAUACAAGUGGUUUUUGUGGCUGAGCAAUUCCUUCAAUUACAGCUCUAAGUUGUUGUCACUGACUGUCAAGGUUGUCGUCAACCAGGCCGUGUUUACUCCAGUCUUCAACACGUACUUCUUCGGCAUGCAGCACCUUCUAACUCAUUCAAUCUCGGACAUCUCCCCUUCGUCCCUUGCAACGCAUAUAUCCAACACUGUCCCGACAUCGUGGGUCAACAGUUGCAAGCUGUGGCCUGCCGUCACCGCCUUUAUGUUUGCCUAUGUCAAACUCGAAUAUAGAAGCUUACUGGGCGGAGUCAUCGCGAUUGGAUGGCAGACGUAUCUGAGUUUGUUAGACGCAAGAGCUAGGAAAGCAGAGAGAGAGAAGAAGAUUGCCAACGGAGCGGAAUCGCGCCGUCCUGAGCAACAGUCCGAGGGCUGUGGCGCCGCAAGCAAUGAGCAUCAGCGCGCGGCUUCAGGUUGA